AUGAGCGAGCCGAACCUCUUCCGGAUGACCGACUCCCUCGCGGACAGGACCUUCUCCUUCGCGCCGGCGGAGACCCCUCCCCUGUCGCCCUCCCCCGCGGGCAGGGGCGGCGGCGGCGGCGGCGGGUCCGGCCGCGGCUUCGAGAGGAAGGUUAGGUCGGUUUCGGACUCGUUCGGGCCGCAGCUUUCAGCGGGGAAGGGAUCAGGAGGAGGAAGCUAUAGGGGUGGGGACGGCGGCGACGGUGAUCCGGCGGCGGCGGUACAGAUGCCGCUGCCCGGGCCCAAGAAAGCCAUCAGCCAGAGGCAGUUCUUCCGGCCCGUUUCGAUGUCGUCGUCGGUUUUCAACGAGAGCCCCAUUCCAGAUAUUCUCCGACGGCGACUGGCGGGGGAGGUGCGGCACGGGCUCUCGCAGGCCGAGUUCGCGGUGAGGCGGGACGGGAAGCUGUUGCUGGCAACGGUGGGGCUGCCCGCCCGAGGGAAGACGUACAUCGCUCAGAGCAUCAAGCGGCACAUGGACUGGUUCGGCCUCCGCACGGAGAUUUUCAACGCCGGAAACUACAGGAGGAAAUUUCCGGAGGGCAGGAACGCGUCGGCCGACCUUUUCGACCCUUUGAACGCCGAGGGUGCCAAGCUUCGGCAGCACUGCGCAGAGCUGGCGUUAAACGACGCGCUGGAUAGCCUUGCUUCGGAGGAGCAGGGCGUGUACAUCGCGGUCUUAGACGCGACCAACACCACCAAAGAGCGACGAGCGUGGAUCAGGGACACGGUAGAGGCGCACGAAGGCCACGUCAAGCUGGUGUGCGUGGAGACUGUGCUGACGGACGAGAAAAAGGUGUGGGACAAUGUCAAGGAGGCCAAGCUUAAGAGCCCAGAUUACACAGGGAUGACACCGGAGGAGGCCAUGGAGGACUUCUUCAAGCGGAUAGCCGCCUACAAGAGCGUUUACGAGCCUUGUCAGCAGGAAGAGGGUAUCCCUUUCAUCCGACUCACCAACGCCGGCGAGCAAGUGCUAGGCUUCAAGACGCAGGGGUUCCUGUGCGCCCGCAUCAUGCAGCUGAUAGAUAGUCUUCGCCUCAGCUUGAGACCCAUCCUCCUGACUCGUUGUGGGGAGUGCGAGUUCGAGGCUCAGGGACGGAUCGGAGGCGAUAGCCGGCUCACCCCUGUGGGGCACUUGUACGCCGAGGCUUUGGCUCGAGGAUUGCUCCAGGGCCGCAAGCGGUAUGGCAUCCUUCCCGUAGUCUGGACUUCCACCCGGUUACGAGCGAGACAAACAGUGAUCGGCCUGCAGUCUGCCGUCAACGACGCCAAUGAGGAGGCAAUAGCAGAGGGGGGGGGCAGUGAGGACGGGGGAGAAGACCAGGGUAACGGCGGCGGCGCCGGCGGCGCCGGCGGGGACGGUCGUCGUGGCAAGGGGUCAGGCUCCCUGCUGCGCGACUUGGACGUGCUGGAGGUGUCCGCUCUAGACGAGAUCGAUGCCGGAGCUUUGGAGGGAAUGUAUGCCGAAGAUUUCGCGAAGCACUACCCCGAGCAGCACAAGAAGAGGGUGGCCGACAAGCUUAACGUUAAGUUCCCUGAUGGAGAGAACUACAGGGACGUGUUCGCGCGACUGGAGUCGCUCUUGCUUGAGAUGGUUGCGGAGCCUCAGCCCGUUGUCGUGGUCGCGCAUCUCGCCGUUCUUCGGGUGAUCUACGGGUACUUGAAGGGGGUCGAGCCUGCCCAGUGCCCACACCUGAAGAUCCCCAUGCACUGCGUGGUACAGCUGAAUCCCAAGGGGUACGGGUACGAAGAGUGGAGACACUACCCCCUCAUGGACAACGAGAUCGACGAAGAGCAGCCCACGCGGAGGGUAACAUCCUGAGACACGCCGCUGGGGAAGAACAAUGAAGAACGAAGAUGGUCUCCCUUAGCAGAAGAUGGCCGUUCUGCAUGUAUUUAUUGGUUGGUUGGUCGGGCAAUCAUGGUUCCGACUGGGAUGAUCGAGGUUGUUCGACGUAAGCUGCGGUUCUGUUGUUUGUUGUUUUGGGCUCUCGUGAUGGGGGCACACACCUGGGUGCGAUAGCGCCGCAGUCUUUCGAUUCAUCCACGCGCCAUCUGUCGGUCUUGGUAGUAGGUAACGAGUAUUUGAUAGUCCUCUUGGAUAGAUAGAGAGAGGAGGAUCGAGAAGGCAAGCAUCUCAUGGUGGAGGAAUGUUUCGCUACAAGCUCUCUCUGUUUUCUUAAUUGUCUUCGUCACAUACAAAUGUUCCAUGUUUUUUUUCUUUUAUUCAUAAAUUUAUCACGCUUGCUCUUGUCUACGGGAGAAGCAGAGGGAAACACAUCCUCCGAAGGUGCGGUGUUCCUCAGCGCUCAGGUUUCUCCCUGCCUGUCUCUAUUUUUCUUUCGUUAGCUGUGUUUAGAGGUACAACAAGUGCGCUUUUUUCUUUUGAUAAGAGGAGAGUGCCGCAUGUUUAUUCUCACGGCGGGGCUGGCUGACUGCUGCUGCUUGUCUUUCUUGGAACGUGCUGCUUUGUCCCCAUUUUUUUUUUUUUUUGCUGUACCGUAUACAACCCCUCGACGUAUUUUUCUGGUAGAAUGUCCAGAGUGAAAGGAAGCACUCAACGUCACUUUUUCGCGAUUUCCUAGACAUGGUUCGCUCGGAGAUUCCACCGGCGGUGGGCAUGGUAAAGUGCGGGUAGAUGGAAGUGAGGGUGAACCGGCGUGGUACUACCGCACUCACCGUGUCUCCAGCCUGCCGUCGAACACCGUGUCAAGCCAGCCCGUGUUAGUUGGAGGGCAGGCGCUAAUUGCGAGCUGAACGAAAAACGGUUCCUCUGCCCACGAAGGCACGGGAGUGAGGAGUGCUGUCUCGAGUCUGUUGUUGCUGUGGAUCAGGUUGCUGUCUGUUCGGUCGGAACGCGAAUACAUCGCCUCUCCUCUUCUCAUGGUCGGUUUGGGGUUCACCCAUACCAAUACCAAUACGAACACCCUUCAACAAAGCGUAAGAAGGUGUCUCGUUCUGUGGCACGCGUGUAGUAGUAAGUAUCCGGAAGCGCAGCUUCCAGACAGCUGGGUGGACGUACGGUGGCAAAAAUUGAGACCAACACCGGGCUAAAACCAACAAGCAACCUCAUCCGACAAGAGAUUUCGGAGAGAUUUUUCUGAGUCCGUUUUGCUUCCUUUUUUGUUUCUCUAGGUAGAGUAUGUACCAUUGUUUUGAGUAUGUACCAUUGUUCUUUGGGUACUUGAGCGUAGUUGACCUGUGAAGGCGUCCGUCCGAGUCAGUUGGACCGGUACAAAUGUUAAAGGGGUACUGAGCAG